GCGGCCCGGGGCUUUGCUUUGCUGCGGCCGCUGCCUCCGUUCGCCCGCCCCCUUUUCCCGGGGAGGAAAGUUACUUUGCAGCCGCGGGGCAGGGCGUUUGCAGCGGCGGGGCGCCUCCCUCUUUCCCCGGCCGGGAGUUUGCACCGCAUCGUCCUCGCAGGGGGCGGGGGAGCGUCUCCUCUCUUCGCAUUGCACCGUCCCCGCCAGCAGCCUCCCGGGUCCCCGGGCUGUGCAUUGCCCCGAGCCGGAGCCAGCCGCCCUCCCGCAGGGGCGCCCCGGGGGGAGCUUCUCCCCCGCCCCGCCCGGAGCCAUGUCCCUGCUGCGGGUGGCGGAGCAGGAGCCGCCGCUGCAGCGCUGGCUGCCCACCCACGUCCAGGUGACCGUGCUGCAGGCCCGGGGCUUGCGGAGCAAGGGAGGCGGCGGCGGGGGGAAGCCGGGCACCAGCGAUGCCUACACCAUCAUCCAGCUGGGCCGGGAGAAGUACAGCACCUCGGUGGCGGAGAAGAGCACGGGCAGCCCGGAGUGGAAGGAGGAAUGCUCCUUCGAGCUGCCCCCGGGGGCCCUGGAGCUGGAGGAGCCGGCGGACUGGGGAGGGGGCUCCCCCCGGGGCAAGGCGGGCUGCGAGCUGGUGCUCACCGUCAUGCACCGGGCGCUCAUCGGCCUGGACAAGUUCCUGGGCCAAGCCACCGUGCCCCUGCAGCCGGUCUUCAGGGAGAGCCGCUCCAGGGAGAGCCAGUGGCACAAGCUACAUUCCAAGGCCGGGAAAAAGGAGAAGGAGCGAGGAGAGAUCCAGGUCACCAUCCAGUUUACCCGCAACAACCUGACGGCCAGCAUGUUCGACCUUUCCAUGAAGGACAAGCCCCGGUCGCCCUUCGGCAAGCUGAAGGACAAAAUGAAGGGGAAGAAGAAAUACGACUUGGAAUCUGCCUCUGCUAUCAUCCCCAGCAGCACAGGGGCCCUCGACAUGGAGGAGGACUACGAGCUAGGGCGCAAGAAAUCCAAAGGCAAGGGUGGUUUCUUCAAGAACAAGCUCCGCAAGUCCUCCCUGACCCAGUCCAACACCUCGCUGGGCUCCGACAGCACCGUCUCCUCAGCCAGCGGUAGCCUGGCUAACAACUUUGGCAUAACCGUCAACGUUCCUGAGGGAACCAAAUCCCCGAGCAGACACAGCAGUCUGUCCACAGAGCACUCUGUUAAAGACUAUCUGCCUUCGCCAAAAUUAACCCACAAGAGAGCAUUCAGUGAUGAGAUCUCCCAGGUUAAUGUGGCAGCGGAGCCGAAAGCAAUCCAAAGCCUGAAACCAAAGAAUGACCCUGUCUCCAGAUCCUCUCUCUGUGUCAAUGGAAGCCAUGUUUACAGUGAUGAACCUGCACCAAAGAGCCCGAUGUCUGGCCUACCGAGCUCCUCGCCGCUGUCCUUGCCUCUACAGAAUAUCGCCAGAAAGUCCGAGGAGGGUUUCCAUGCUGGCUUCCCUCCUCCUGACUCUGAAGAUCUGCCAUGGGGAGCCAGCAGCUUUGAGAAGGGGCAGCAGAAGGACGAGCCCAGAUUCCUUCCCUCUCCUCCCAGCUUAGCAGUACAAGAGGAGAACAAGGUCUCAACCAAAGCUGUAACCCUCAGCAACCAUCUAGGCAGAGCCAAGUUGGAAGAAGGCAGCCGCUUAGAGACCAAACCCAUGCAGAUCGCAACUCCGAUGGUCUUCUCCAUGGAGGUGACGAAAGACAAGCCCCUUGAGGAAACCAGAAAGGAAGACAAGAAGUCCAAGGUCAGCCUCUUCCACCACGGGGGCACCAAAAAUGAUGCAGGGAACAAGAGCUUGGGAGAGAAGCUGGGAUCAUCCCUGACCGUAUCUCCGCAAGUAACAGCUGCUGGAGAUGAGAAGAGUAAGAGCAGCAGCUGGUUUGGAUCCAAGGACACCAAAGAACAUUCUCAGAAACCCAGUUUCCAGUCUGGGUCGCAUGCUACCAAAGAGGUCGUUGGGCACCUUUAUUCCUCUGAGGAUUACAAUCCCUCUGCCUCCAUAGGACUUAACAAACCACAGCAGGAGUCUUCAACCCAAAGCGCUGGCGCCCCUAUUCCAGAAGCCACUCCCACAUCCCAAGGACUCCGCUCUCCUCAAGAACAGACUCCUGCUGCUCCUCCCGUCUUUGACUGGGAUGACACCUUUGAUGCCUUUGCAACGAGUAGACUCAAACCAGAAAUUCGGGAGGAAAGCCUUUUGGCUUCUGUAGUUAUGGAGGGCAUGGCCUGCGUCGAUGAUCCAAGUCCAACAGAAAGCCCAGCUGAACUGGUUCAGGAAAACAAGUCUGAGAUAGCUAAUGAUGAAGUGUCUCUAGGUCCAGGGUCCUGGGCAGAUGUCACGAUCUUAAAAGGAAUGGAAGCAAACUUACUGAAGACAGCGCAGGAAGCUACACUGAGAGAAGAUGGUGUGUUGGGUCAUUUGCCUUUAAGUUCUCUGUUGGAGAGUGAGAAAACUAGCACCACUCCACCUUUGUCAGCCUGGUCUGCAGUGGGAGCUUUGGGGAAGGAGGAGGAUGCAGCAGCACUGACUACUCAAAAUAGCGCCAGAGCGAAAUGGGACAGAGAAAUGGUGCAUGUAGAAAAACCGACUGUAGCAUACAAUGAGGAGGAGCCCAGCAGUGCAGGGGAAGACGAAUGGACGACCACAGGCACAGAAACAAUUGGUGGUCUAUCGGAAAGUGACCGAACCGUCGCCGAGAAGGAACCCGAGGUUCAGGAGAGCAGGUUCAGGCCAUGUCCACCUUCCGAUGAGGGCAUCUUCGAAGAGGAAAGCAGCCCUGUGAGUGCCCCCGAUCUAUUGACAAAAAGCAGUUUAGUCUUGCAGAAACCCAGUGAGGCCCUUCCUGGGAAUAACGCUGCCCUACCAUCGUUGGUGUCAAACCUGGAAGCAGCAGAGAAGCUGUCAGCUGUAGUCGACAUCGGUGAUGGUCAGGAUUCUAGUAACACAGAGGGGAUGAUUGAUAUAAAGCCACCCGGAGGUGGGCUUCAGAUUACUGCACAAGUGGAGGCAGAUGAAGCCAGCAUGAAUCUAGGUUCUGACUUUCAGGAGAAACCCGUCCCCUCUGCUGCAUGGACUGAGACCCCAGAGAGAGAGGAGGAGAGCAGCGGGGCAGCUGGUUUGGAGAUGACCACGGGGGCACCGCCGCCAAAGCCGCGGAGAUGGUUCACUCCCGGGGAUUUCAGAGAGGAAGGUGAUGAGGCCAAUUUGGAGAGGCGGAGGAGCCAGCAAGGCAACGAAUAUCCGCGUGAAAGUGAGGAGGGCCCAGAGGUGGCAAUUCACCUGCACUAUACCCCUGUAAGCGGCGAGAACGUUUCCCCAGUGGCUCCCAGCCCACCUGCGCUGGGAGCAGUGAUAAUUGAAGCAAAAGCGAGGUAUGUCCCUUCGGUCGCUGGAGCCGCUGAUUCCGCCACAGAGGACUGGGUGGCUAAUUUGAAGGCAAGAGCUAAUGAGUUCACAGAACGGGACACCUCUUCUGGGGAAAACCUGCUAGAGAUAAAUGAGGAGACUGGGGCUGAGCAGUUCGAGACUUGCCCUUCGAAAUUCUCACUAGACGGAUUAGGCCUGCCAGAUGCUGAAGAAGACGCAAACAAAUUGGAAAUGGUAAAGCCAGGCUUCCCUCCCCAGUCACAAAAGCUCACCGAGCGAUGCUCCAGCACCGGGUGGGGCUUGUCGGAAACUGCACCGGCGUUCCCAGAGAGGAACGAAAUACUCCCUGAGCAACUGAUUCCUUCAGAGCCCGAUACUCCCCGAGAUCCAGAAUCCAGCCAAUCGGUGCUGUUCUGCACGGCUGUGGAGGAGCAGCGGCCAGCUAUGCCCUACCCAAGCCCCAGCCCAGCUAACCAGCUUGAAAGGUCAGCUCUGCAAGAGCAUCCCUCGCAGCCAAGGCCUAAAUCGGGACAGGGAGAUAAGCAGGGCCACCCUAGCAAAGCACCAGCCCAGCCAGCUGAAUGGGAGCCUCAAACCCCAGCAGCGUUAGUGAGCCCGACCAGGGCGUCGGAGCAGGGUGGCUAUUCAGCUGACAGGCCCGAGCCAUUGUCAAGUCAGCGGCUUAGCCGGUCAGCAGAUCGAGUGAUAGACUUCAAACAGGCUGACUUCUGGAGGCCAGUGAGUGGGGAGGAGAGCAGAGAGCAGGAUAACAUUUCAACCCUGGGCAACCCUUUCGCCCCCAGAGUCAGCCCCUCUUCCCCAAACAAUCCCUUCGUGGAAAAGCCACCAGAUGUGCUCCCGAUUCAGGCCACAUCACCUGAAAUGCCUGGUCAGGGAGGCUUAAACUUCAAAGACCUUCAUGAGGAAGCUGCUCCACAUGGCUUCCAGCCUGCUAACCUCCCAGGGGACCAGCUAGUUGAGCUUCCUUUCUUGCAUGGCAACCAGCCCUUGGCCUCCUCCACACCUUCCCUUGUGGCCGCGACUAACCCCCAGCAGUUCAAUUUCCCUUCCCCCAUCGUGUGCCCUACAACUGUUGGGGUGCCUGCAGUGACCAGCCGGGCAGCAGCCCAGUCCUCCUGCCCUUUGCUGCAGACCGGUGGCAUGAAAGUCUCAACGCUCACGGUUUUGCCCAAGGAGACACAGCCGGCUGAGAAGCCCUCUUUCCAUCAGACAAGCAGUCCUCAUCCAGUGAAGCCCAUAAGUGCUGCCGUGGCAGAGGUCUCCGGGGAGAAGAAGCAGCACAGGUCCACCCUGACCACUGCCCUGAGCAGCGGCCUGGAAAAGCUGAAGACCGUCACCACGAGUAGCAUGGAGAAAGUGGAGUCCAAGAAGCUAAAGGAUGCUGCUCUGCCGGACCAGUCUGCCAAGUAUUAUCACCUGACCCAUGAUGAACUCAUCCAACUGCUGCUGCAGAGGGAGAAAGAGCUGAGCAGGAAGGACGAGCACGUCCAUGAACUGGAGAACUACAUUGACCAGCUGCUGGUGCGCAUCAUGGAACAGUCUCCCACCCUCCUUCAGAUCCCCCUGGAAAAAAACACCACCAGCAAGUAACCUCUGCUCAGAGAUCUCCUUGGCAUCACUUGCCCACAGCACUCCUGGAAUAAACACACCAAAGACACCUGAUUCUCCUCUGCACACACGCUGUCCCCACCUCUUACAGGUAAAACCCAAGAGGGCUCUGGUGGCCCAUACAAAUUCCCAGAGAGUCUUUCAGUAAAGACUAGCUGUAUCGGCUAACAAAUGUGCUCUAGCUCCAGGAAACGACUACAUCGGAGCAUAGAACACUGCAAUGCCCAGCCCAGGACCUGGACUUCUCCCCCACGGCCUGGCAGCAUGGUUCAGGAACAUCUCCUGCCAAAGCCAUGAGUCCAUGGAACUGGAUGUCUGGAAAUGUGCCAUCUAGCCCAUGACUUCAAGCUACUGCCCGUGUUCCCAGAUGACCCUGGUCUCUCAGAAAUGGGGUGUCCUGGCUUGCUAGAAAGUUCUCUGAAUUGCUGCUGCCACAGCUGAGGAGCCUUACAUGUGGCACCUGAAAAUCACCAGUGUGUGGCUCUUCCCCGUGUUGCUGUGCAUGCCAGUGUAGCAAGGGGCGAGAGGGAGGUCUAGAGUCACCUCCCUUUUUGUAUUUCGAUGGGAACCGUUUCUUUGCCAGCCCAAGGGAAAGGGCUCCCCAUCCAAUUAGCAAGCUCCUCUCUGAGCACUAAGUCCCUGGCCAUAUGGGAGAUGAGACAAAAAGUGACACUGGUGAAAUUGGCUGAGUGCGACUAAGCCUGUGUCAGUGCUGGAGCACGAGCUGCGUUGGUAACUUUACUGCACGUUUGCCUCUGUGACACAACCAACUCUUCCUUACCCAGCUCACAACAGAAAUUCAUCCCCAGGGCUUCCGGGGAAGGAGUCUGUUGAUGUUCAUGCAGCAUCUGUCCCAUCGAACUUCCUUCACAAAGCCAUCUUAUCCAUCACCGAUGUGUAUGCUGCAGGCACACGCUGUGGACUCUGGUUGGCAUCAGUCACAGCUGAUAUUUCAGCACAGUAUUAUCUCAUUAUACGCCUCUUUCCGUGUUUACAGGGAGUGUUUGAAACCACCAUGGCCCUUGACACUACUUGCCUACUUCUUUGUAUGUGUCUUUUUUUUUAAUGUGCCUGGAAGAUGCCGUAAGAAACAGAAGCUAGAGUAUGACUGCCCAGCCCUGUCUGCGUGCAUGACAGCCCUUUUAGCCAGACACCAGACAGAUACAAUCUGUAAUAACUAGCAGUUCACCACUCUAAAAUACCCCCAGGAUUAACAUUAUGCCUAGGGCUUUCUCCCAUCUAUCUCGAUAUCAAGAUUCUUAAAUCUUGUGCCAGUGCCUAGAUGUUUCACUGGGCCAGCACUCUCAGGAGGUGUAUAUGUAGCGCUAGAUUUUGGGGCCUCAAUGAACAAGCUCCUCGUUGGCUGGUUGGUUUAAUAGCUGCAAAUGUGGUGAGUCCGAGGCUUGACUAUGAGUGGUACACCUGGCCACAGGAGAAAACAGCAUAGUUGCUGGUUCUCAUGUGCACUUGGGCGGGGCCAGAAGUUGCUGUUGUCUUCCAUUUUGGCUUUUAACUCUUGUCAGUUUCUUCUCUCUGCUUCAUCAAGGCGUUGGGUGGCAGGUCCUCUUGCAGGUGAAGAAGCGGCCGUGUUAUUCCAUCGAGACAGUGAGGACAGGACCUGGCACCUAACUCAACUUGGACUUCAGUGUCCUCAGCCUGGCAAAGGGGCAUUGUUUCCACUAAAGCCCCUGGAGUUUUUGCUGGAGUUUUUCAGCCUUUUUCACAUUCUUUCACUGUUACCUGUUUAAAUGUAUUAAAAGCGACGUUGGAAAGUUGUGCCUUUUGUAAUAGAAUAAGGGCCGUUUCCUGCUAAAAUGGUUGAUUCUUUAAUCCCAACCUGCAAUCCAAUGUAUUAUUGUCCUUACCUAGCCCAGCCUUGCAAAAUUCUACUUGCCCGCCAGGCUCAGGUAAGUUGGGGGCGGUUUUGUUUGUUUUUUAAGGCAGAUAAAACCGACCAUCCUGGGCAAAGGGUGGGCAAGUCGCUUUGUGUAAGGCCGGUGUAAAUGAGGUUUUCUAGAAGGAUAGUAAUACGGGGUGUAUGUGCCAAGGCCAAGGGUGCCUGGGUAAAGCCAGUGCUACAGCCUGUUAGGGAGUCAUGCCCAGUGGAAGCGUGAGUCUGCCAGGGAGGAGAGAGCUAUUGGAACAGGAGGCAGCAUGUUGAUGGGAGGAGAGGUUUUAAAAGGGGAUCUGAUAUUACAGUAAAUGAGGAUUUCUGGCCAUAUCCAGUCUGUAAAAUAUCAUAUAAGGAGGAGGGUCUUAGUCCCUUGAAAACACUGGCCAUGAGCAUUUUGGUCCUAUUUGCCUUUGUUCCUAAUAGGAAAGAAGUCCGGGGUUCGCACUUGUCUGCCUGCAUUGUUGUUGUUUGUGUGCAUGUGUCUCGGGGAGGGGGGGUAUGUUUAUAUUGUACAGUUUAGGGUUUUAAGAAAUGUAUCCAGCUUUUUUUCUUCAUACAAGCUCAAGUACCAAGAGCUUCUCUUUGCACGUACAAUCAAAAGGUUCCCCUGGAGUGAGAACCAGGUCCCUUUCCUGGUUGUGUGCCUCUUGGAAAAGGUCUUCUUUUUAUUUGAGGAGGAGUUGGAUCCGGUCUGGUUUAAGGAGGCAAAAUUUGCGUAAAAACAAUCGUGCAAACCUACCACACCAGGGUGUGGAAGGGAGGGCAUGAUCAGACAGGUGAGCUGGAAUAUGGAGUGUCAGAUGGGCAUUAUGAAGGAGGGAAGUCGGUAGUAUUUCAUCUCUAUGAGAAUAAAUGUGUCCACACUGGCUUUUCGGCAGCCUGUUUAUAAAAGAUGCCUGCCCUGUUCUGAUUGUCCUCUGAAAUAGACCUGCUUCCCUGGGGUGGCACAACUCACCGAUGGGGGACUGCCAUCAGUUCACUGUUCUUGCAGUGUACCAUGCAGCAGAAACAUACGAGACCAGACCAUGCUGCCUGGUACCAAACCAUUGCUCCUGUUGGCUUGAUCCCCAGACGGCCUCUAGAGCCAAUGAAUUGCUCUCUUGGAUAGGCUUUCUGGUAGGAUUUUGUUUUGUCUUUUCAUCCUGAGGACUGACUUAUUGUAGGUGCUUUCCACACCCACACAAGUGCCAAUGUUUUUAAAGAGCUCUCUGCACCCCUAUCCACUGCUGCUUAAUCCCCUUUUGUUAUGAUUUAAUCAUAUCUACAAAAUCUCUCCGCCUUAGUCGGUUUUCUGCCUUUUCAAAGCUUGAAUGUUGGGCACUUUAUCUAUUCAAGAUAACCUUGAAGAGCUGCAUCACAAAGAACUGUACCAGGACAAUGGCCUUGUUUAACGGGAAGUGUGUUUCCUUUCCUCCUCCCUCUGUAUGUCACUGCUGUGGGAUUGAACCCCACAGACCACCUUGCACCAAAAGAAUCCACUCAGUGAAAAGUUGUAUAUAGCUGAAAACGCUGCCAACCUCAUACAGUAGCUUUCAAAUGCCCAAGCCUUGAGCAUGGCACAAGCCGAAUGAUCGUCAUGGCUAAGAGGGUGUUGUCCCUCCCUCCCCUGUGUUGGGUGUCAUCUAAUUGACCGUUAGAGUGUUCAGAAGUCAGGCAUUUGUGAGUGAACGUUGGCUAGGGAAAGGCAUCCUUGAGGAGCGGUGUCUUUGGUAAGUCCACUUACUGUUUUGUCCUCCAUUUCUCCACUGCCUUACAAAUCUUUCUCCCCAAAUGAUUAUGCGCCCCAUAACAGAGCAGAGAAUGUUAAAUGUGCCACAAGUGUCCAGAGAACUUUGUUAAAACCGGAGUGGCUAUUUAAUUAACUUCAUCUGGUACUAAAAAAAAUUGUAUUGGAGAGGCUGAUGUGAAGAUUUUAAAAUCUAGAUGUCUUACAUCCAAGGAGGCAGGGGAGAGCGGAGUACCAUAGAAAUGUAUUUGUUCUAAAAACGAUUGAUGCUCCUGUCCUAUAUCCGUAUUUAAAGGAGGUGGUUGUGUAAAAACAAGGAGUUGAAAGUACGUCAUUGUCCCUAUGUACCAAUCUAAUGCUGAAACCGUCUUGGUGAGGGUUCGUCACUGCAGGUGAGAUGAUUUUAGUAUGUAUAGAUCACCUUCCGCUGUCAACAGUGUGGCUGUUUAUUCAGUUUGACUCAAGGCCUUUCCCAUAACUUUGUCUUUCAUCCCAGUAUAGUCGGCCUGUUCCCCACACAAACUGCUUUGCAGAGUUUUUCUGCAGAUGUGCAGCGCCAUGCUUUAUCAUCAGCCCAUAGGGUCAGCUAACUUUUUUUUAAAAGGAAGCCCAUCAAGCAGUCUGUUUCUUUAUUUUCUCUUCUGGCCAGGGGUGAAGGGGGUAUAGAAGAGAUGUCCAGUGAUGACCUUAAACUGGAACAAACCUGAAGGGAUAUGGAUACUGAACAGUGUCUUGUAAACCCCAUCUAUUUGAGUUGGAUGAUACUAUUUUUUUUUACAAACAAGAUGUUCUGUGCUAUAAACGUGUUGGAAAUGCACCCAAAAAAACAGGAAAUCUGGGGGGUAUGUUGAUUUCCCUGUUCUUCACAGAGUUGGAAAGUGUUCUGCUUAUGUUUCUUGAUUUAAUAGUUGCAACUAAUGUUUAUAAAGAGCUUGUUAUUUACGUUUUAAGCACUUUAAAAAAAAUAAAAAUUGUUCAA